AUUUGAAGAUGCACAGUCAGUCAUCAGAUGACCGCAAAUUGGAAAUUGUAUCUGGAGUCAAGGACGUGACAUCAGUAGCACAAACAUUGCCCUUGAACACCUCGACGUCACGUGUGGUCGUUAGUCAACAGAAAUUACUUCCAGACUCUCAGCAUGCAGUUUUACUUGCCAGUGGUUCCGUUCCACUGGGCACCUCUCUCAGAGAUUUUGUGAACGAUCUAGACAAUUAUGUGCCAACAAUACCCGAUGCUGUUACAAUCCAUUAUAUGAAGAAGAGUGGGGUCGAUUGUGCAGACUCACGGGUUAUACGUUUAUUCUCACUUGCAGCUCAGAAGUUUACCUCGGAUAUUAUUUUGGAUGCUAUGCAACAGGCACGCAUGAAAGGAUUGGGACAGACAAAGAAAGGUACCAAAGAAACACGUUACACGUUGACUUCAGAGCUACUAGAGCCCGUGCUUGCUGAAUAUGGUAUCGAGCUGAAAAGGCCACCUUAUUUUCAUUAACUGCAACUGAAUAAUUAUGGAAUACAUAAGGCGUAGAAUAUUGAGUCUUGCAUGCUUUGUAUGAUAUUUCGUUUACUUCAAUUUGUUAGUGUAUAUGCGUCCAUCAUUUUAUUGUCUCUCUGUUCACUAAACUGUUGAAUUAUUUUGAGUUUCCCUAUGAUUAUUUUGAGUCUCCCUACAUCUCCCUAUGAUGCAUACUGACCACUCUUCCAUAUAUGAAUUCUUCCUCUUCCUCCUAUCACUCAGAAACUGUUGCAAUUAGGAAACCUUCGAAUACGAUGUCCUAAUUUUUAAGUCCCAAAAUUGUUCAGGUCGCAGUUUUUGGUGUUUCCUUGUGGAAAGUUUUCGUUUUUCAAUGAAACUGCCAUUACUAGUAGCAUCUUUCAAAAUAAUUCAUGUCUGGAUGUUCCAUAUCCUCC